UUCACUGCUCGACGAGUCAGUUGGCCACUUCCUGUAGGCCUAACUUUUCGAUUGGUGCGAAACGAUCUGACAGUGUGGUGACAAGCUUUUGGCAAAGUGCAGUGCAAAUUAGUUUCGAACUUUGGAAUAGCAGUAAGGAUUAGCCGAACGGUUCAGAAUGCAACAAGUGGUGCAAUUUAGGGCAUUCGCGUAUGUCUCUCUGAUGUUGGUCGUUCUGUCGACGACGGUUGAGUUCUGCUGCGCUGAUGUAUCUGACCUGGACAGCAUCGGAGAUGCACGACACAAAAGAGGACCUACGGGUGGGCUGUUUGCAUUUCCCCGAGUAGGUCGCUCCGAUCCGGAUCUGUUCCAAUGGGGCGACGUUCAAUCGCUGCCACUGGAGGAUUAUGAGGACUACCCCAUCCGGGAAUCGAAACGUCAGGGUUUGGUGCCCUUCCCACGGGUAGGUCGUGCCGCACAGAACCCGGCUUUCUUCUACUGGCCCUGGGCGAUGACAGCGUCCGGACAGCUGCAGAAACGUGCCAGCAAUUCCGGUGCCAACAGUGGCAUGUGGUUCGGUCCCAGGCUGGGCAAACGUGCCUCUGCGGCAUCCACCGAGAUCAAAGGAACCGACGUCUACACACCUCGCCUGGGUCGUAACAUGGAACGGCAGCAGGUCGAGGACGCCGGAGACUUGAACGCCCGAAGCAGCAGCAAUAGAAGCCUAGUGGACAUUGAACGCCUUUUCCGAUUGUCGCUUUCAUCGGGAUAUUAAUCGAGACUUAUCAAACCUUCGUUUUUCCGGUUUCAAAAUGUGUUGCUGCUAUUUUAUAUUCAUAUUUAGUAGAGUAGUUUUGGAAUAAAUUGCCUGAUGAAGGUCCAUUGAAUGGCAAAAGAGAAAAAAAAAACAUUAAAAUGGAAAAGGCUGGAGAAAGCUUGUUGGACCGACACUGUGUGAACAGUGUCCGACAACAAACUUUCUAACUCAACGUAAAACAUUGGAUCUUUGUCAAACAAUUUCUCGCAAUGCAAUAAAAGUAAUAAUCUUAGAAAGCAAAAGUACCAUAUUGAAGGAGUUUAUCUCUCUAAAAAUGCCAAGCACACAAAUGAAAAAUACAAAAAAAACACUUAGCAAACCCAAUUGUGUUGAGUUGCUCCUGUUACAAAUGGUUAGAAAGGUGAUCCCCAAAAAACGUUGUAAAUAAAAACUUAUAAUAUAUUCGCAUUUGUAAAUUAA